GUGACCAAUUCUGACUUAUCAAGUGUAACCCGUUGCGUGCGAUAUAUAUAUUCCCCCAUUUUUUUUACUAUACACCAAAACAACCGUCGUCCUUAAUUUCACCAUGGUUAUAACAAAGCCCUAUGGAUCCUGGCCUUCCCCGGUAUCUGCUGCAUCCCUGGGUCAGGACUCUGGCAUCAAAUAUGACUUCUUAGUCAAGUUUGACCAGUCCACCAAUACGGUAUACUGGACAAAAUGCGUCAAUGAAGAAGGUGGUCGCAUACAAAUCUUCAGCCAAAAUCUUGAGAAGCCUAGCGAAACGACGGCCAUCUUACCUAUUGGCUACAACUGUAGAAGCAAAGUUCACGAAUAUGGAGGCGGCGCAUACACCGUGAAAAAAAACUCUCUGUUCUUCUCCAACUUUGAUGAUGGCCGCGUGUACAAAAUUGAUCUCAGUCAUCCAACAAAUAUCAUCCCUAUUGUACCUGAAAACCGACUGUGUCGAUAUGCAGAUUUUAGUGUGGAUGAUGAGCUUCAGUAUAUAAUUUGCGUCCAUGAGGAGCACAUUGAGAACGGAACUCCGGAGGAUGUCGUCAACAAGCUGGUGGCCAUUGAUCUUCUGGAGAAGAAUCUGGAUAAAGCUGUGAAGACAAUUGCAGAAGGAAAUGACUUUUACACAUCACCAAUUAUUAAUCCAUCAAAUGACGAGUUGACUUUUAUCUCCUAUAACCAUCCUAACCUUCCGUGGGACUUCACUCAACUGUAUCAAGCGAAUUUGUCUUAUGAAAAUGGGUUGCAGGUGUCUGAUUUGCGAUGCAUAGCCGGAGAGAGCCAAGGAGAAAGCAUUGUACAACCUCGUUAUGCUAAAGAUGGGUCUCUUUAUGCCAUGACUGAUCGAAACGGUUACUGGAAUCUCCAUAAGUACCAGGAUGGAGAUUUACAGCAGGUCCUCGCCGAAACUAUAAAAAUCGACCAGUGUGGUCCUUCUUGGGUAUUUGGAUUUUCUGACUAUACUCCGUUGACAAAUGAUGCUACCAAAAUCCUUUGCAAAUCCAAAUCGUCCCUUGCAAUACUAGACACCGAAAGGCAAACCAUAGUGGAUCUCCCUACUCCUUAUAUUGACUUUGAUCAAGUGCAAGUAGCCAAAGUUGGCGAUACCGAGUAUGCCCUCUUCUCAGCGUUAUCUACAACAGCUCCGCGCAAGUUUGUCGCAUACUCACUUUCAGAUCAAAAAGUCGUCAAAAUAUUGCAAGACUCAAAGUCACCGCCACUGGAUGAAGAAUAUAUAUCUGAACCUCAAGAAAUUCGUUUCCCUACUAAGCAUGGAUUUGGAUAUUGCUACUUUUAUCCUCCCAAGAAUCCAGAGUUCAAAAGCGACGGCCUACCCCCUCUACGAGUGAUGCUUCAUGGUGGACCGACGUCAAGAGCGGACGGCGAGUUUGAUCGAAACUACAUAUAUUGGACCUCCAGAGGUGUUGCCAUUGCCGAAGUGAACUAUGGAGGGUCGACUGGUUAUGGAAAGGAGUAUAGAAAUUUGUUGAAGAAGAACUGGGGUAUAGUUGAUGUGGACGACUGCUGUGCUGCAGCAAUGCACCUUGCUGAGAUAGGUCUAGUUGAUCGUGAGAAGCUGGUCAUUAAGGGAGGCAGCGCUGGAGGAUUUACUACCCUUGCAUGUCUCACUUUCCGACCUGAAGUUUUCAAGGCUGGAUGUGCACUUUAUCCAGUUACGGACUUGAAGCUUCUUUUGCAAGAGGGUCAUAAGUUUGAAUGCAAAUAUCUCUUGGGACUUAUUGGCGCAUACCCCGAAGAAGAGCAAGUUUAUUAUGACCGAUCACCAACCCAUUUUGCACAAAAUAUCAUAUGUCCCGCUAUUCUCUUCCAUGGGCUAGACGAUCAUGCUGUUCCACCUUCUCAAUCUGAAGAUAUGGUCCGAGUUCUCAACUCUAACAAGGUUCCUAAUGCGUUUUUGAGCUGGAGCUUUGGUUUUAUGGACGGAUUCUUGGCUUCCCUGUCGAAGGCAUUGAAGGGAUCGAAAUAUCUAAUAUGCCUGAGCAAUGAUGUGUUUUUUCUGCGUUGGACGUCAGCUGUACAUUGGAUCAGCUUAGAGGAAAUAUUCUAAAGCUAUGUAUACAAUUUAAGAUGAUAAUAAAGCUACAAAUGAUUAAAAAUACGACUUCCUUGGUUAUGGGCAGAUGAAUGAAACGUGUGUGCUAC